GAGCUGCUGGAACAACCCAACCGGCCGGCCACCACAUGUGACGCGGGGUUCACGUUCCAGCAACAGGGUCAGCGCACUGUUGUCGGCCGCGGCUGAGAAGACACGGGAGAGAGCCAGGUGGUUGGGCGGCCAGCAGCGGCCAGUAGCCAGUAGCGCCGUGAGCACCACACACACACACGCUCACGUUGCGAGUCACUCAAGAGAGAGAGUGUGUGGUGCGGUUCACAGGCGAGCGGGAGAAAAAAAACACCAACAGUCGCUGACCAGGUCGCCAUCAAGACGGUCCACUCUGAUCCGUGUCUCUCUCUGCUCUGCUCUUAUUAUUAUUUAACACGAAUUAUUUUGUCGACUACACCGGGAAACAACUUUAUCAAUCGACUGUGUUGUUUUUGGUGGUGUUGUGUCAAAGUUGGUGAAAUUUCCCAAUCAGAGAAAAGAUGAUGAUUGGAGCGUGAACCGGUCGAUUUCCUCGUUUGUGUGUGGGCGAGGGUCGUGAGAAGAUUUUUGUUGGGUUUUUUUUCCAACCGGCAGCCAUUAGAAAAAAAAAAACGGGAGAACCGAAAUUUCGAUUGAAUUAAUAAGAAGAAAAUAAGAAGAAGAAAAGAAGAAAGGCCAAGUUGGUGAAAUUCGAUUCAGGUGCCACUGGAUGCCGAUGAGGAUGGACACGUCCACUUCGGCGAUCAGCCUCGUUGCGGGGGACAAGACGCCGCGUGGAGCCAUGGCCCUCUCCGUCGAGUACUGCGUCGUCUGCGGAGACAGAGCCUCAGGGCGCCAUUAUGGAGCCAUCAGUUGCGAGGGCUGCAAAGGCUUUUUCAAGCGCUCCAUCCGGAAGCAGUUGGGCUACACGUGCCGCGGCGGAAAGGAUUGCGAAGUGACCAAACACCACCGCAACCGGUGCCAGUACUGCCGACUCCAGAAAUGUCUCUCCAUGGGCAUGCGAAGCGAUUACUCUCACCGUCCAGCGGUUCAAUCGGAGCGGAAGCCAGCCGGCGACAAGAAAUCCGAGUCGCCGUCGUCUCAGCUGUUGACGUCGGCCAACUUUCUACUGCGCGGCGAUCUCUCAUCGGCGGCCAACGCCGCUCUUUCAGCCUCUGGACAAAACGUUUCAUCGCCAGGCCUCCUCAAACCCUUUGCAUGGAACGCGGAUCUCAGCACGUUGGCCAGCGUGGUGACGUCGUUGGCCGGCAUGCGCUCAGCCGAGGCCUUUGGCGCCGUCAGCGCCAAUGCGAUGAACCAUCGAGGAGCCUCGCCGGCCGAUCGACCCGAUCGUGGAACCAUCAGCGGCAAUGCUCUCGUAGCCUAUUCACACAAUCAUCACCACCACCACCACGAGCGUGGUGGUGGCCAAAAUGUCAAAAUGGAGGAGGAAGAUGAUUCGGAUGACGAAGAUUCGGCGUCGACCACCAACGACGAAGCCGCCGUCGCCAACGCACUUCACUUGGCGAAAGAAAACCUCAUUUCAAAAGCCUUUGACACCAUGGCCAAGAACAUGAAUGGUGGGGACACGUCGAGCACGGGAGCCGAUUACGAAGAUGACGGCCUUUACGAGUUGGAUGGUCCCCUACUGUCUGACGGCAACGUCUCGUUCCAGCUGACUACGCCGUCACCUAUGCCCGUCUUCCUCAAUGCUCAUUUCAUCUGCGAGAGUGCCUCGCGGCUCCUGUUCCUCUCGGUACACUGGGCACGAUCCAUCGGCGCCUUCCAGCUGCUCUCGUCCGACACUCAAAUCGAACUCGUUCGCGGCUGCUGGUCCGAACUCUUUGCCCUGGGCAUGGCCCAGUGCUCUCACAUCAUGUCCCUGCCGGCCAUUCUGACGGCCAUCAUCACCCACCUUCAAGCCUCCGUCGCCCAGGACAAAGUCUCUGCACAGCGAGUCAAAUUGGUGACGGAGCACGUUUUGCAGUUGCAAGAUUACGUCAACACCAUGUCCAAGCUACAGGUCGACGAGCACGAAUACGCUUACUUGAAAGCCAUCGCCCUCUUUAGUCCAGAUCACGCGGGGUCGACUGGCCGUCAGGUGGAGCGUUUCCAGGACAAGGCUGUCAAAGAAUUGCGGACGUACGUGACGCAAACGUGGAACGAAGAGGCUGAGGACCGAUUCCCACGGCUCCUGUUGCGGCUUCCGCCGCUCCGCUCACUCCAGCCGGGACUGAUGGAAGAGCUCUUUUUCGCCGCUCUGAUCGGCACCGUCCACAUCGACUCGGUCAUUCCCUACAUCCUCCGCAUGGAUUCGACAGAGUACAACGGGCAAUUCGGCGGAGCAAUGGCUAGCCCAAGUCCCCGAGGCCAACAGUCGUCUUCCUCUCCAUUGCCGGGCAACCAUCGAACGCAGUCGCGCUCUCCAGCCGGCCAUUAAUAACAUUUACAAGUUGUCCCGAACACCUCCCACGUACAGUUUUUUUUGUUUCUACUUUCAAAUAAUGAAGAAAAGAAAAUUCGAUUGAUUUUUUUUUCCUCCCACCCGACAAUCGAGCCUCCUGUUUGUCUGUAAAAAAACUGGAUCGAUGUGAAAUGUGUGCAUAUAUUAUACCACAUUUAUAUAGUAAAAACCUUUUUUUCUUUCUUCUUUUGGGUGUGUUUCAGAGUGAUCCAGACGAGUGAAAUACUAUAUACGCAAAAGUGUUCGUGUGUGUGUGGCUGUUUAAUUAUUUUUGUUUUCUUUCCCUCAAUAGAAAUUCAACUUUUCUUUAUUUUAUUUCUACGAAUGGAUCAUCACUUCACCACCCUUUGAAUAUAUGAAAGACAACUUGCA